UGACAGGCACGUGCCGAAGCCCUCUCCCAUCCGCUGCUCGCUGUGAGGUGGUCCAGCCUUGGGGGGGGUCAGUCCCCAGAACAGUCCCUAACCAUCUCUCACCGAUGGAGCCACAGAGUCAGCCGGGGGUGUUUGUGGCUGUAUCGCCCUGGAACUGAGAAUGGGGGAGGGGGGCAGGGGAUUCGAACCCUCUCCUUGGUUUUGAUGUUUCUGAAACGAUUCGACCAGGCCGAGCAUGAGAGGUGUCUGUUUCCUGGGGCAGACAGGACCCAGUGAUUGACUGUCAGACGACUGUGGGGGUCCUGACAGCUCUUCGGUGAGUUCUCCACAAAAGCGCCAAGCGAUGAGCAGCUCUCCACUCUCUGUCGCUGGCUCAGGAGUCCCGUCUUCGGUCAGUUCACCCGUCAGCAGCGUUGGCUCGCACUUCCCGGUCAUCACCUCGUCCCUGAGCUCACCGUCAACCCCGGCGCUGGGCUACCGGCCCGUGAACAGCUCGCAGGUCCACUCCGCGGCCGGCCAGUCGGGGUUCCCCGCCGUCAGCAGUGCCGACGACGUCCACCCGGCGCUGGGCACCAACCAGGCUACAUCCUACCCAGCCGGCUCCGCCCCUGCCACCCCCACCCUGCGGCUGAGGAACAUCUGUGCCAUUUGUGGGGACAGGUCUUCAGGCAAACACUACGGCGUGCACAGCUGCGAGGGUUGUAAAGGCUUCUUCAAGCGCACGGUGAGGAAGGACCUCUCCUACACCUGCCGAGACAGCAAGGACUGCACGAUCGACAAACGGCAACGCAACCGCUGCCAGUACUGCCGCUACCAGAGGUGUCUGGCCACCGGCAUGAAGCGGGAAGCUGUCCAGGAGGAGAGGCAGAGGAGCAGAGAGAGGGGCGAAGAGGUGGAGCCCACCAGCGGGCCCAACGACGAGAUGCUGGUGGAGAAAAUCCUGGAGGCCGAGGUGGCGGGGGAGCAGAAACUGGAGCUGCAGGCCGACGGGGAGGGAAGCGAAACGGUGUCGCCGAACGACCCCGUGACCAAUAUCUGCCAGGCGGCUGACAAACAGCUCUUCACGUUGGUGGAGUGGGCAAAACGCAUCCCACACUUCUCCCAGCUCCCACUGGAUGACCAGGUCAUCCUGCUGAGAGCAGGUUGGAAUGAGCUCCUGAUCGCCUCCUUCUCGCACCGGUCAAUAACGGUGAGGGAUGGCAUCCUGCUGGCCACUGGGCUCCAUGUUCACCGGAACAGUGCACACAGCGCCGGCGUUGGAGCCAUCUUCGACAGAGUGCUGACUGAGCUGGUCUCUAAGAUGAGAGACAUGGAGAUGGACAAGACAGAGCUCGGUUGCCUGCGAGCGAUUAUCCUCUUUAACCCAGAUGCCAAGGGGCUGUCGAACCCGGUGGGGGUGGAAAUGCUGCGGGAGAAGGUUUACGCUUCCCUCGAGUCUUACUGUAAACAGAAAUACCCAGAGCAGCUCGGCAGGUUUGCCAAGCUCCUGCUCCGCCUGCCUGCCCUGCGCUCCAUCGGACUCAAGUGCCUGGAGCACCUGUUCUUCUUCAAGCUGAUCGGGGACACCCCCAUCGACACCUUCCUCAUGGAAAUGCUGGAGGCACCUCACCGGCUCUCCUGAGCAACCCUGUCCCCACACUGGGUGGGGGUGUGGCUGCCUCCCCUUCCCUGUCCGCAUCCCCCCAGCCAGAGCCAGGGCCAGAGUCCGCCCAGACAUCUGCCGCUGGGCGGAUUGCGCGGUGGCUGGGGUGCAGACGGAGUGCCCUGUCCCAGAGAUGCUGGGGAGAGUGGGGUCAAAGUGCAGGGAGCAUGGGCGCCGCGCCCUACCCAACGCGUCAUCUCCACACCUGACCCUGCGAUCUGUUCCCCCACUCCCUCCCCACUCCUGCCCGGCUCUGUCGCCCAACCCAUCCCUGCCUUCCCUGAGGAUUCCUCGCUGAGUGAUGCCUGACUGCAGACAUAAGAUGGGAGGGCAGGAAAAGCCGCCGACAUUUCAUCCGACUAAGCCUGGCGCAGAGUGUUGUGUGUGUGUGUGCGCGCGUGUGUGUGUGCGUGCGUGUGCGUGUGCGUGCGUCUCUCUCUCCACGCUAAGGGAGAGCACGGAGGGCCAUUCAGGCUGUGGACGGGUGGCCACAGAGCUGCCUGUAUGUUGGAGCAGUGAGCACCCAUGGAAUACAGAGCCUGCCGCCCCCACCCCCCCACCCUCUCUCUCUCUCUCUCUCUCUCUCCGUCAGGCAGCAGGGACUGCAGCAUGGGGCCAUGGGCUGGCACAUCCCAUCCUCAUGGUGGGACCCAGCGGAAGGCGCUCAGAGUCUUUGUGGGGGAGGGGGAAAAGGGGUUCAGUGUCCAGUCAGGACCCGGAGUAGCUCGCUGAUGGGAAUGGUAACUGUGGUGGAAUGUUUGGAUCGAUAACUGACCAGAAUCAGUGAUGGAUUAGAAUCCAGCUCUUUACUCUGUAUCUAACCCCAUGCUGUCCCUGUCCCUGGGAGUGUUUGAUAAGGGACAGUGUAGAGGGAGCUUUACCCUGUCCUGGGAGUGUUUGAUGGGGGACAGUGUAGAGGGAGCUUUACCCUGUAUCUAAUCCCGUACUGUCCCUGUCCCUGGGAGUGUUUGAUGGGGACAGUGUAGAGGGAGCUUUACCCUGUAUCUAACUGCAUGGGGUCCCUGUCCUGGGAGUGUUUGAUGGGGACAGUGUAGAGGGAGCUUUACUCCAUAUCUAACCCCAUGCUGUCCCUGUCCUGGGAGUGUUUGAUGGGGGGACAGUGUAGAGGGAGCUUUACUCUGUAUCUAACCCUGUGCUGUCCCUGUCCUGGGAGUGUUUGAUGGGGACAGUGUAGAGAAAGCUUUACUCUGUAUCUAACCCCGUGCUGUCCCUGUCCUGGGAGUGUUUAAUGAGGGACAGUGUAAAGGGAGCUUUAUUCUGUAUCUAACCCCGUGCUGUCCCUGUCCUGGGAGUGUUUGAUGGGGGGACAGUGUAGAGGGAGCUUUACUCUGUAUCUAACCCUGUGCUGUCCCUGUCCUGGGAGUGUUUGAUGGGGGACAGUGUAGAGGGAGCUUUACUCUGUAUCUAACCCCAUGAGGUCCCUGUCCUGGGAGUGUUUGAUGGGGACAGUGUAGAGGGAGCUUUACUCUGUAUCUAACCCCAUGCUGUCCCUGUCCUGGGAGUGUUUGAUGGGGACAGUGUAGAGGGAGCUUUACUCUGUAUCUAACCCCAUGAGGUCCCUGUCCUGGGAGUGUUUGAUGGGGGACAGUGUAGAGGGAGCUUCACCCUGUAUCUAACCCCGUGCUGUCCCUGUCUGAAGUGAAUGAGAUUCCUUCACUGAACACUGACAUCCUUCAUCCUUUGGGGUUUAAUCCAAGGGGCUUUACUCCAGGGCCCCACUGGACAUGACCAACAGGCCCAGAUCCCAGGCCAGUGGCCUGCGGUAGUAGCUUUGUAAGUUACUCAGGAGAAAUGGACUGACGGUUUGCCUGCACACGCUGCUCCAUUGUACUGUUGCACCAACCUCUCUUUGCACAUUUGCAGUUAUUGAGGGUCAGAUUAUCCUUAACGGCACGUUUUACAAAAUAAUGUCGCUGUGAUGUUUUUGGACGUGUAUUUUAAAAAGCACAUUAAAAAACGAAUCCCAU